AUUGAAAGAAAUAGGGCUUCGUUUAUAAGAAUCCCUUCUCUAAUAUUGCCAAACCCUUCCCCAUUCCUUCGCCACCCAGCUGCUGCAAAUUAUCUCUCGAAACAGUACCUCCGGUUCCAACUUCAGCUCAAAAAUAUGUCAGGGGAAGAAGUUGCGGUUGGCCAACCCGAGGCGGCGCCUGCACUCGGUGAGCCAAUGGACAUCAACACAGCCUUGCCACUUGUGGUUAGGAAGUCACGAGCUCACGGUGGUCUCGCACGGGGCUUACAUGAAGCUGCUAAGGCAAUUGAAAAGCACAAUGCGCAUCUUUGCGUUAUAGCUGAUGACUGCGACCAGCCGGACUAUGUUAAGCUGGUCAAGGCACUUUGUGCUGAUCAUAAUGUUAAAGUGCUACGUGCCCCGAGCGCAAAAACACUCGGCGAGUGGGCUGGUUUGUGUAAGAUAGACUCUGAGGGUAAAGCACGAAAGGUAGUUGGUUGUUCCUGCGUAGUUGUGAAGGAUUAUGGUGAACAACAUGAGGCCGUCGAAGUUGUUCAGCAGCACAAGGACUAGGUGACCGGAAGAUGGUUUCUUUGGUAAAAUCAAAGCGAUUUUUCUGGGCCAUUUAUUUAUUUUUGAUAGUAAACUGUGGAUUAAUAUGCCUGAGAAUUUCUUUUUUCUUUUUUCCGAAGUUGUUGCAAUGCUGAACUGCUCGGUGUUUCUUAAAUAUGCUAGGCUUUUUUUCCCUUUACUAAAUUAUGUGUUUAGUAGGAGCAAGCCAUUUGGAAAUCCAACAAUUUUAUCAGAUGUUUUGUCCUCUAUUUAUGACAAACCAGUUCAAGUUUGCGUUGUUAA